UGUCUCCGACGAAAAACUUUCACCAUCAUCCGACCUCACCCUGUUGGGUGCAUGAAUUACCUGUUUGAUAAGGGCUGGGUCCUUGGUUUACCGGAUACUUAGAACAGUGAGGGUUAAUGUAAGUGUUCACACGGAAACCCUACACAACAACCUUCAACUCACUGUUCAGUGUGUUUAAUGCGCGAUACGGACAGAUAACGAAUGAUAGUUUACGAACGCUGUUUCCCAUAGCUUCACAAUGACAUGUAUCAGGUAUAUAGGGUUAAAUGGACAGUCAACCGGAAAGGACAUAUGUUCCCUCUCCGCUGUGGCUUAAAUGCAGAUGUUGCAGUGUGGUGGUGGCACACAUUGUUUCAGAGUGACUGAUGUCCUGUCUCUUAUCGAUAACAGCUCAGUAUUGAAGAGGUGGUGAAUUGUCCGCAGCACUGAAAAAGGUGGCACAGUCUGAAGCUUCCCAAAUGAAAAUAUGUUACGAACCAUUUUAUACAGAAAGAAGACCCUGAUCAAGCUCGUGUUGGCUGCGGUGACUCUCAUGACAGGUGAAUAUGUAUUUCUGAAGAGGCAUAACAUUCAUCCAGUGCGUAAACAUGGCAUUACGACGGAGCCCAAGUUCAAAUAUUUCUAUGGUCCCUCGCGAGUACCAUUCACAUCCGAGAAGGACUUCCUUAAACCUAAAUACGAUAAGAAGUAUUUCAUUUAUGACUGCAGUCAGCAACUUUGUGGAGGUCUCGGUGACCGCCAGGAGGGAAUCUUAGCAGCGUACCUCAUCUCUCAACUAAUGGGGCGACAGUUUGGGGUCAUCUUGACCAUACCAUGUGAUGUCACAAACAUUCUGGACGAGAACGACGAUAAGUGGAUGAUACCACCAGGGUCGCUGACUGAUCUGACCGUCCUCCCGUACAAGGUGCUGGACAGGGUAGCUUGGAAUCUCCGGGAGAAUAUACAUACCAUAGAACUAGAGCAAAGGUUUACCCAAGAUGUAAUACUUUUUACUGUCAACCAAGAAUUUGUGAAAUAUCUGAUGAAACUUCCUCGGUUUCGUGAUCUGAAAUGGGCCCAAAAUAAAACAGCUGUGGAUAUAUAUAACAUCGUACUUCGCCGGUUGUUUAAAUUGAAACCCAAAUAUCAAGAGCAAUUCGAUAAUUUCCAAACUUCUGUCAGAGCUAACGGUAGGAAGCUUGUGUGUGCUCAUAUUCGUCUUCAUCAAUCAAUAACAGAACACAAGGUCUACAUAGAUAAGAUUUUUGAUUUUUUGAGACAGUACAACAACAGCGCCACCUAUCGGAUGUUUGUGGCCACAAAUUCAGAGCAGGUACGGGAAGAAUCGCGGCGUAUGUUUCCGAAGGUCAUUGUGGAUAUUGAUGGUCCUCUAGUUCACGUUGACAUGGACACUGGUGGAAAAGCUUGUGAUGGAUUUGGAAAAGCUCUUCUGGACCAGCAGAUUCUUUCCACGUGCGAUAUCUACCUGAUGUCAGACAGCGGCUUCGGGAGGGUGGCAGCCAUGUUACGUGGAACAGACGACAAUCUUUACUCUCCGGACGGAAAGGUGUCAUUUAAUGAUGCCAACUUUAUGCCUCCACACUGGUGAGGCAAUUCUGUAAAAAGUGAUAUAUUUAACAUAAUCCUCGCGAAAUAGAGUAUUUUGUGUUCAUUCUUUGAAGGACUACAUUUAUGAAGCGAAAGAUAAUAUUCCAAUUUCAACCUGGCAGUAACGACAAACUUCAUGACGUCAAGAACACGGAGUGUGUCCGUUUCCGGUUAUCCCCUUCUUCCAACUUUUGUAAUGACCCAUAAAACUUCGUAAAAGGAAUGAAUGAAUGAAUGAAACAUGUCUAGUCUCCAUGAACAAUUGUAUUAAGAGUUAGUUUAUUCUUUUAGCUAUAUACAUACUUAAUCACAACUUGUAACAUAAGAUUUCUUCCACGGAAUUGGGGAUCGAAAUGACAAUACUGGGCGAUAAAUGUCUUGCUACAUUCACGUGGUUAACGUCCACUCACCAGUAUGUAGAUACUAGUCGAUCUUCUUCCUGUAACAGUGAUGAGCGAGGCUGAUCAUCCUUUUAACUAUCACUAGCGUCUGGCUCGCACAAAUAAGGCCUAGUGACAACAAGCGAUUUGACAGAAUCGUCUAUGAAAAUAAGUUGUAACUCGGAUGCUGGGCUAAGCAGGGGACAAGAUUAAAUAACAGUAUAUUGUGAAAACAUACAGCUUUCAUUUUUUCACAAAUAAUUGUCACGAUUUCAGGUUUAGACAAGCCUGUAAACAAGAUCAUUGACCCCCGGAAAUGUACAUGAAUUCUAAAGCGCCCCUCAUAUGUUUACCUCACAUUAUGUCACGGAGACGCGCCCCUCUGAUUGGUUUAAAUUUCGUUCGCGGGAGAGAAUUGUGCACUGUUGUUAAAAAGGCCGAUUUAAGUUAAUUAAAGGUCGAAAUGAGUAAUUUUAAUGACCGGGUUUCAUUUUUGACGAUGCCAAUAAAUUAUUUAUGUAUUUGUACCUCCCUAGAGUACAUGUGAUCUUUAAUAAUAGAGUUAAGUAGAGAAGUGGCCGUCAGUCGAUUCAGAGUGCGUCUUUGUUGUGUAUAGGAAUACAUGCUACCAUACCCCUGCUCAGUGCUCGCGUUAAUCUAUUGAUAUGAAAUGCUCCUUUUAUCCGUCGACCCAGAUUCCUAGGUCUUUUCUUUUUUUAAAAUCAAUAGGGAAGCAAUCAAUACCUGGACAUGUGCUAUUUUUUUUUAUAGUUUUUACUGUUUUAAACAUUUUCGUCAACUUUUAUUGUUUCUUCUAGUUCAUCAAAGAGCUGCUUGUUUUAUUUUGGUGUUUGUAAGAACUUAGAUAUUCAUCACUUUCUUCAUUGUCUGGUGCUUUAUAAAGUCUUUGGUAGAAUUUCAUUUGUUCCACUGGGAUCUCUUCUCUUUGAGUUAUGAUUUAUAUAACCAAUCGAAUUGCGAGAUAUUUGUAAGAAGCAUGAAAUAUUCGAGAAAAAUGGCCAGCAGUGUUCAUAUUAACAGGCUCGAUAAGCACGUCUCAGUUCAUCGUUCUGGAAGAGGUUCGACAUGCCACGCUUCGUGAAAAGUGACAGAUGGAGAGCUAUAGGUAUGGUUCAGUCUGGUGCCUCGUCGAUUCAACGACCAUAGAAACAUCAUUUGGCACCAAUGGAGACGCUUUCAGCAAAACUAUCCCGUUAUAGACCAUGCCCAUAGUGACGUUCCAUCAGACUCCACGUCAGGACAGAUCGAUCCAGACCACGCACCUACAACACAGGUUCCAGUCAAAGCCUUAACAGCCCGUACCUGGCACUAGACGUGCAAUUCGAUGACGUCAAAGCGUCUACGGCAUCAGUCCGAUAUAACGAGCCCAACGCCAAAUCCAUAAGUGCAGAAGGCCGACGUCGAUGUGUCCAGUGCAGCAUACACUUGCUAUCGGAAGCACGUGAGUAGCAAAGAGUUCCGUUCACCGUGGAGUCACGUUUCCUACCCAGCACGUUCCCUGCCUCCAAGAUCCCCUGAUUGUCUGGGAAGGAAUGGGGAGACGCUUACAGCCUGAUCUGAAUCCUCCAUCAACACUGCAGGAAGUGCGCCAAAUCCUUCCCUGGGCCUCCUUUCACAAAGGUGAUGGUAACCUUAGUGCAAGGUUAAAGAAUGGGAGUUCAGGUUAACCUUUGUAAAGGUUGCUUCGUGUAAGUAGCCCCUGGGUAUGAAAUGAUCUUCCCCAGGACUUUCAACGACGUUGACCACAGUGAGGCAAAGGUGUAGGCCUACAUCAGUGCACAAAGUGGACGCACUCGCUACUGCCCUGAGAACUUGCUUGCGAAACCCCUCUUGUGUUGUUGCUCAUUUGCAUAUGUCAGGUGCUCUGGUGUUUUCUGGAUUUUUGUUCGAUAAAGUAUUUUAAAACAU